ACGUUAACACAAAGCGUCAAAAUUUGGCGCGACCUGCUACAGGAAACGCUAUUCUGUGUGCGGAUAGCGUUGAGUUGUUGUUUUCUGUCUGGCAUAUUUGAACAUUUUCAACGUGACCGUCAUCUCUCUGUCAUGGGUUUACUGGAGCAGUGUGAGGAGCUCUUUAAGACCUCGAACCUGUAUGAAGUUCUGGGUGUUUGUAAAGAAGCCCCUGACUCCGAGAUCAGACGCGGGUAUUAUAAAGUCUCUCUGCAGGUUCAUCCAGAUAGAGCUCCUAAUGAUGAGUUGGCCACCACCAAGUUCCAGGUGCUGGGAAAGGCUUAUGCAGUGCUGGCUGACAAGGACCAAAGGGCAGUCUAUGAUGAACAGGGAAUAGUGGACGAAGACUCAGACACCCUUGAUCAAGAUCGCAAUUGGGAGGAGCACUGGAGAAGAUUGUUUCCCAAGAUCACAUUGCAAGAUAUCUUGGACUUUGAGAAGCAGUAUAAAGGCUCUGACGAAGAGGUAGAAGACUUGAAGAGACUUUACCUUCAACAUGAAGGUGACAUGGAUCUGAUCAUGGAGUCUGCGCUGUGCUGUACUUAUGAAGAUGAGCCGCGUGUCAAAGACAUACUUCAGAAAGCCAUUGACGAUGAAGAGGUGCCAGCCUACAAAGCCUUUACUCAUGAAAGUGCCAAAAAGAAGAACAACCGCAAAAGAAAGGCAAAAAAAGAGAGCAAGGAGGCAGAGGAAAUGCAGAAGGAGAUGGGCUUGAACAGCGAGGACAGCCUGGUAGCUAUGAUCAAGCAAAGACAAAAGUCCAAAGAAAACGGAUUCAACUCCCUCAUCUCAGACCUGGAGGCCAAAUAUUGCAAGAAACCAGCAGCAGGAAAGAAGGGCAAGAAAAAGUAGACAGAUUCACCAUACUGGGCUGUUUCUACCAAAUGUUAUAGAAUGCAUCUUGUAAAUAAAAAUCAAAAGAUGCUUUAUAAUGGAUACUGACCUGGUUUAAGGAAGCAUAUCGAGACUAAUAACAUGCGACACAUUCUGAAGCAUUUAUUAGAGUGGAUUAGUGUGAAUCUGCUUCAUGUGCUCUUGUCCAGACUAGCGUGUGGAUCAAAUAAGAAAUGUUAAGUGUUACUUUAGCAGUUUUUUGUACACUUUUCUUGUUUUGUAAGUGUUGGAUGUGUUGUUGUUCAUGAUUAUCUGAAUAUAAUAAAAAUGAAAGCUGUG